ACAGGUUGGUGGUUAUUUGCUGUUUUAUUUUAAAAAAUGCUGACUUUUUACACAAACUGUUUCAUUAGGCAGCGGUAUCAGGUUAGGCAUGAAGGGCAGCUACAUUUGAAAUAUGCCAUUGGGUGUGAACUUCCAAUAGUUUUGACUUUGUUGGGAGGAGUUUGGUCGAUGGGAAAGCCCAGCCUAACAACAGUGACUCCUCUUCUUCCUUAUUCACCGAGCGCUGCCCUGAGCCGAAGAGGCGGCCGCUCUGGAGGUUCCCAUACCGCCGAGAGAAGCGCUGUGUCCGGGCCUGGAAUAAGAGCUGCUGCAGCCGCUACUGUCUGGAGUUUUAUCCCCCCGGUUUGAGGAAUGUGACGCGCUGACGGAAGGAGACGCGGAGCGGUAAAGGCGACACUGAGCUUCUUCUGUCAGGACGGUUGAAAACCCGCACACACACAAAGAGGAGGCGAGACAAGUUCUGCAGCAAAGUUGUGGAGAUUGAAAUUCCUCCUGUUUGUUCUAUAAGUGGCUCCCUGUGGACCAACUCCUCCCUCCACAAGCAUGGCUCACCGAUCACAGAGUUCUUCCAUUGGGGAAAACCCCCUGGAUCCUAACUAUCUGCCUCCACAUUACCGCGAGGAGUAUCGUCUAGCAAUUGAUGCCCUUAUAGAAAAUGACAUACAGGGCUACUUUGAGUUCCUCCAGACUGCGGAUGUGGUCAGUUUCCUGUCUCAGCCAGAGAUUGAACACAUUAGAUCCACGACCCAGAUGCCCUGUAGGACCACUAGCAUGACUGAGCUAACGUACCUCGAUGGAAGUGAUCAGGACGAUGGCUCUUCUGACACCUACUGGCCUGUUCAGUCUGACCUGGCUGCCCCAGGGCUGGACCUGGGCUGGCCGCUGCCCCAGCACAGCUUUGUUGGGCCCACAGAGGUCACCACUCUGGUCAACCCCUCUGACCCAGAUAUGCCAAGCAUUAAAGAGCAGGCCAGGAGGCUCAUCAAAAGCGCACGUCAUGUCAUUGCCGUGGUGAUGGACACGUUCUCAGAUGUUGACAUUUUUGCCGACCUUUUGGACGCAGCUGCACGCCAUAUUCCUGUUUACAUCCUUCUAGAUGAACAGGAAGCCCAUCACUUUGUGUCUAUGGUUGUUAACUGCAAAGUUAACUUGGACUUAAUUCAUAUGAUGCGUGUGAGGACAGUGGCAGGAAUAACCUAUUACUCUCGAACAGGGAAAUCAUUUAAAGGACAAGUAAAAGAUCGUUUCCUUUUGGCUGACUGCAGGGCUGUGCUCAGUGGAAAUUAUAGUUUUAUGUGGUCCUAUGAGAAGAUCCAUCGCUGCAUCGCUCACCUCUUCCUUGGGGAGUUAGUUGCCACCUUUGAUGAAGAAUUUCGAAUCCUCUAUGCUCAGUCAGAGCCUCUGGUCAUUGACCCGUCAGAUGCAGCACUCACCAUCUCUGACACCAGCAGCUCCAGCGGCUACUUGAGCAAUCAGUUUGGUUUGAAGAGGACACAGUCUUUACGCAACCCCAUCGGCUUUCGACGGCAGCUUGAGAAUUCCUCUGCGUUUCCCUACGGAGACACUGAACGAAACCUUGCACUUCCUUUCCGGAGGAAUGACCCAUUCCGUCACACCAUUGAACCUGGGGCUGGAAUUACAAUUGGAAAGUAUUCCCAGCAGCAGUUUCGUCUGCAACAGUCCUUCCUGGAGCAGGGAAGAUCUAUUGUGUCCCGGCAGAUGGAACUCAGUGCAUUCCAGAGGCAUAGCUAUGCAGAGGGAACCCAGGAAAACUACGCGUCCUCAAGGCAAUUCAUGAAGCACAGAGUUCUGAAUAAUCUUGAUGAGAUGGACUAUCACAGGGAACAGAACCAAGGAAGCCACUUCUACUCUGAAGGGCCUGGGCCUGGGUCAAGCCACGGACAUUAUGACAGACUUCAAGGUCGUCCACCACACCUUGCCAUUGACCAGUAUUCAGAAUCAAGCUUUCGCUCAGAUCUGGAGCCUCCACCUGCUGUCUACGGCCAAGACUACUUUUCAUCGGAGGACUUACACGCAUCAGAGGGUCAUCAAGCACCUCCAGUGGCUGGACGAUAUGGAGGAGGUUCCUCCAGUAAAAGGCCAACCAUAGGUCAGGCUUAUGCCUGCCAGAGUUCACCAACACAGCUCCACCCGCCAGAGAAGAAGCCGUUUCCUAAACAGUCUGACCAAGAGCAUGAUCAAGAUCCAACUGUUAAGCAAGGCCUAAGGAGUUGGAGAAUUAAUUCCUAUCUUAGCACAUAUGAAGACGGUGGGGAAGAAGGUCUAACUCAGCCUUUAGGGCCUGAUGCAUUUGAGGACUCUUCUUCAUCACAACAACCCACAGCGCCUGACAAUCCAAGUCCUCGCUUUGGACGAAAAGAGCCUCCUCAUGUGCCUUCAAAGCCGAGACCAGAUAUCCUGAGACCAAGGUUUGGAAAGCCCAUAUUACCUAAUAGCAGCAAUAAAGACUCAACAACAGCAGGCAAUGAUCUCCAUCCUUCAGUCAGUGACUUGAAGCCAUAUACACUGGAUAAAAGAGAAAGGGAGAUUGAGAGGGAAAGAAAUAUAGAGAGGGCGGCAACAAUGGAGGUUGGUGCCGAUGUGGAUGUGAAAGAGGGUCCAGAACGCUUCCUGUCCAAACAUGAAUCAUUCCGUUCACGUGUAAACCCACUUCUUCAACGUAGCUCUCGUCUCCGCUCCUCACUUAUUUUCUCAUCUUCUAAGGCUGAAAUUCACAGUGGAAGUCUUGGUUUGAAACCUGCCACAGAGGAAGAGGAAGAGUUGGAUACUGUGCGCACCUCCUCAAUUGUUGCCCAGAUCCUGGAAAAGAGGAGGUCACUUUCUCGUGAGCCUUUUGAGUGGAGAAAGAAAGCAGAGGAGAGAGAGAAAGAGAAAGAAAAGGAGAAAGAAAUUGAGAUGGAGAAAGAAAAACAGAGAGAAGAAAAAGAAAAGAAAUAUCAUUUGGAACAGGAAAGGGAGAGUAGAAUAAAAGAUGAGAUUAAAGCAAAGGAGGAGCCUCACAUGACAAUUCAAGAGGAAAAAACACCUCCUGAACUUCCGGAGGCCACACUGUCAUCAUCUCUAAACAUGAAUGAUCCAGCUAAUCGACUGCAGUAUUUUAAAGACUUGGCUGCAAAGAGAAAAGCCUCCAAAAUGGAAACUGAGACGUCGCUGAAAGCCCCAGAGCCUGCUGAAAAAAAGCCAGACCUCUUAAAUAAACCGUCUAUCAAUGUGACAAGUACAAAAGUUACAACACUCCCAGUUAGUUCAGUGGAACCUGAACCAAAGAAGUCAGACAUCUCCUCCAAACUGGCAGAGCUCACUCGUAGGCCCUCAUUUAGUUCCUCUAAACCACCAGUAAUCCCUGCCAAGCCCUCUGCCAGCUUGCUGAAGCCUUCAGAAACAUCUCUGUCUCAAAAAGAAGAGAAUGCAUCAGAGGGGCAAAGGAAAGAUCUAUUCAAGUCUUUAAAGCCUCUCCCCUCACCUAAACUUUUUAAAAAGGACCAACUGAAGCUCAAAGGACUGAAUCCACGACGUAUCUCCUGUGGAGAGGAGGUCCUGACCGCUACAGAUGCUACAGAUGCAGAGAAGAGUGAACUGAAAAAGAGCCGUUCUCAUAGUUCCUCAACCCUGCUACAUGAUGAUUCGAGGGAAGGUCACCAAAGAUUCAUGGGUUCAAGCACAUCCAUCAACACCCUGGGUGAGGGAAAGGGUGAAGGGAAGACUAUCGACUUUUUAAAGAAGCAAACUCAGAGGCUGAAGGGAUUCCUGGGGCCUAAGGAUAAAGACAAGAAAGGCUCAAAUGACGACAGGGGCAUGAGCACAGUCAAAGAGAUCACCUCAGAGUUGAGCAGUAGGCACAGUACGUCGUCCAAAGAAACAGGAUCUACUAAUGCAGAUCAAACUAAUCACAAGACAACGACUGGGACUACAGGCUCAUCUAGGUACCAGGCAACGAGCAACUCUGUUUUAUUCAGUAGCAACCUACGCGAUGACACCAAGGUAAUUCUGGAGCAAAUCUCGGCCAACAGUCAGAAGAAUAGGAUAGAGCGAGAGGAAACUGGUGGAGACAGUGAAAGCGGGGACAAGGGCCUGGAGAACUCUCUUAUAAAGAGGAACCGAUUCCUGCGGCCGGCUGGCAACGUCCAGGAGAGGGAGGGACUGCUGAAGAGGAUAGAGAGUCUGAGGAAGGAGAAGAAGGUCUACAGCCGCUUUGAGAUGGGGAAUAGCCUGGGUUAACGAAAGACGGAGGAACGGCCUUUUAGAUGGAAACUAUUUAUGCAAGAUGAUCAAAAGAACCUUUGCCCAUUAAUGCCAGCAACACUAUCAAAGUACCUCUGUGGCUCAUCACUGCAGCCUUUGUGGAUUUUCACUACUAAGAAAAAUAAAACUUGAACAGACAAUAUAAAUGUAUAAAUGUUAGAAAAACAUUUUGAAAACAAACUGAAGUCCCCAAGCUUGUAAUGUGCUCAUUUGCCAAGAUCUGGUACAUUGUUUUACCUAAUAUGGUGAAACAGAGGCGUUUCUCUGCAUGACUACAUUAGCUGAAGGUUCUCUUUAAAAAAGCUCAAAUGAACAUGACUGAGACGGUAAAGAGGUCAGAGAGGUCGGCCAAGUUUGUACUUAAGGAGAGAAAAAAAAACACAGCAAAAUUCACUGCAUACGUAUAGAACCAGUGUGAGGCAUUACAGUAGGUAGAGCGACCACGUGCCAACAGCCAACUGGGGCCAAUAUUAAAAUAGGAGAGGUUACGAUAAUAAACGGUAAUUGGAUAUUUAAAGGGUUAAAUUAUAGCAAUUUGAGUAUAUUGUAGGGAUUGUGAGGGGAACGUCAAAGGAGUUUAAUGAUCAGCAGCCACAGCACAGUUUCUAAAUUUAUCGUUUCAAGGGAGUGUUGUAUAGUUUUGUGCUGAGGUGUUGAUCUGCUUUAAAGAGAAGUCUCAAGCUGAACUUUGGUAGCAAACAAAUACUCUGAUCCGUCUCGUAGGGCAUGUAAGAAAAAGUAAAAUACCUGCAGUAAGAGUGCACCCAUGCAGUCAUAACCUUGACAAAGGGAAUCAAAGGACAUGCACAUUUGCAUACUUAAGCACAGUAGAGCCCAGCCUCUUAACCUGUAUGAAACUACGCCCUGUGCAGGGCUCUUUUGUUGGCCAACCAUUAAACCAAAGAUUGAAUUGUUAAGGUACAUCUCCCAAGGCUGCUUGACACCUUAUUUUUGUUUUUUGUGUUUUUGUAAAGUAAGGUAAAAAGAUCUAUUGCUAUAAGAACACUUCAGGGCUUGAAUUUUAUCUAUGCAAAAAUGACUGUACAUAUGGUAUUUAAGUAAAAGACGAGCUUGUUGAAAUUCUGAAUGACUUGAUGAUGAUCACUCUUGCUGUUUUAUUAACGUGCUUUAUGUGCCUUUUUAAUUAACAAAAACAUGUACAGUAGUCUAUGCUACUGUUAAAAAAGAAAAGAGUAAAACUGCCAUUACUUUGUGGGUAAAUCAGCUGCACAGGAUAAGUGUGUUCCUUUAAGAAAAAACUCAAAGAGUAUUACCAUGUAUUUGAAAUACUGCAAAAAAAGUGUUGUAUUAAAUUUGAAUAUCUU